AUGUAAACCGCCACGCGCGUGUUGUGUCGCCAUAGUAGCGCAUCUGUCAUCUCGUUAAUUACAUCGGAAGUUAGAGUGAAAUUAAAAGCCCGUCGGGAGUGAACGUUAAAUUCGUCACGGCCGUUCCACCCUCGACGGUGGCCGUACGACUGUCUCGAGAGAGAGGCCGACUUGAUCUCGUCCGGAGUUGAAAUUUCGUCGGAACGUACGCGGUCGGCCGCGAGGUUAUGGCAGCAGCCGUGCAGAGAUGAGGAACCGACGUUUUCUCAACGCAAGCUGAUCGCAUCUGCGAUCUGAGGAAUUAAGCUCGGGGAUUCGGUAUCGCUAACAUGAUGGAGCUGAAGGUGUGGGUGGAAGGAAUUCAACGCAUUGUGUGUGGCGUUACCGAGACUACCACCUGUCAAGAUGUGGUGUAUGCACUUGCUCACGCUACAGCUCAGACAGGUAGAUUCACAUUGGUAGAGCGUUGGCGAACCAACGAACGUUUGCUGGCUCCGUACGAGAAUCCUCUUAAGAUUUUGAUGAAAUGGGGCGAAUACUCUUCGGAAGUUCAAUUGAUUCUGAGACGUUCCACGCCGGAAAAUAAAACGAAUGCAUUACCGUCAAGACUAACGUAUGCGUCGCGUGCAAAUGGAUUACCAAUUUCAUUACCUGAGCAUGGAACAGGUACUGCUGCCAUGCAGGACGAUAGCAAAAAUGUGUCAACCAUGCAAAGUUCAGAUUUCGAUGAUAUGCAGGGAGGAUUGGACAGAAAUAGAGACACUAGGAAAUCGCUUACAUUCAGUGGGUUUCAUGGAGGUAUUACAGAAGGUAGUACAGAGAUUCAAAUGGAGAACAAUGUGGCUGUAGUUCAGCCCACGCCACAUUUAAAGAAUAAGGAUUUGAACGUUCGCAAAAAUGUACAAAAACCAGCUCAGUCACCUACACGAGGAACUAAUACUGAAAUUGCAACACACUUGUCGCAAAAAAAGGUGCGUGAGGUUCUACCCUACAGAGAGCCUCCCGGCCCAGCUUCGCCACCCUUACGCACUUUGCCACCCUACCGAGAUCCACCGCCGCCGAAUUUAAACAGUCCUGGAAGAUCGCAAUUUGUGCACGGCAGCGGAAGUCCUCACGUGCACAAAGACGAUCAACCGUCUUCUAGUAAUUCCAUAAAGUUGAAAAGGAAUCUUAUCCAGGAAUUUCAAGACACGAAAGUACCUACACAAUCUGUUAAUCCACUUUCUGUCACGGCACAAAAUAUGGCAACUGUCGCUUAUACUCAACGAUACGUUGAACUUAUAAGACUAGUCAAUAAGCAACGGGACACUAUUAAUGCUCAACAAGCUGAUCUAACAAAAUUCGAUGCAGAAAUAUUGUAUUGGGAAACAAAGAAUAGGGAACAAAUGCAUCAAAUGGAUUAUAUUUCUCAAGAAAUGAAUCGCAUUGAGUCUACUGGUCGUAUCAUCGAGGAACAAUUGAAAGAAUUGGCUCAUGUGGAAGAGGAAAGCGAAAUAGUUAGGCAGCAGGAAAAAACACUGAAGUCAGAAAUAACGUUGCUUAGAUCAAAGCUUGCCAAUUGCGAAACGGAGCUCCUUCAAUGUAAAAAUAAGAUUAGGCUAGUUAUGGAAGAACUUGCGUUGGAGCAACACAAUAUAAGCCGUGAAACAGAUGAGCGGCAAAUUAUGGAACGGAAAAUAAUCAGCGAGGUGGAGCAUUUACAAAAUGAGGUCGAGCAAGCUAAACGCGCGACUGAGUUAGCUUCGCAGCAUGCAGAAUCUUUAAAAUUGGAAGUGGUUAACCUGGAGUCGGCCAUCGUUGAGAAGAAAUUACAGGUAGAGAGAUUGGUAGCCGACAUGAAAGAGGCAAAUCUGCAGAGUUUGGCUGUUGCGUGCUCAGAUGAGCAAGUCAAAUCUUUAUUGGAAGGUGCCCAUAAACCUGGAAGUACACGUAAGAUGAUAGGAUCGCCAAGGCAAUUGGAAACUGCAGUACCCACAAGUAAGAAUCCACAUGGUGUGUGGGUAUAAGUAAAGAAACCGGUAUACCUGAUACUGUCUUAUAUGUGAGAAAGCAUAUCAAAGAAUAUACGUUAAAAUAUUUCUAUUGUUUAUAUUGUUUGAAGUAUGUUUGAAAACUUACUUUUUCUACAUAUCUUUUAUGCAUUUAUUUUAGUAGUAUUAUUAUUAUGUGUGUCAUCGAUAAGUUUUUAUCCUUGUGUAUCUUAAUCAUCCCAUUUAUUCACAAAAUAUUUGUGAAAUGAGAUUUAUAAAUUUAACAGUUACAUAAAUGACGCGUAUUUUUGAGUAUACUUAAUAUAUUCUAUACAUUUUGAUGAUUAUUAAAGAAAAAGAAAUUUUGCUUUUGAAUAUUAUAUGUAUUUGUUAGUAAAAUUUCUUUUUAUGAUCAAAUUUAUAUCAAUAGUUUUUUAGGUGUAUAGAUAAUUAUAGUUUACAUAGGAAAUAGUACGUCUAAAAAUCAAAAUUACUAGUACUCUCUAUUAAUAUUGUGUACUUAUAUUUAUAUUUUACAAAUAGCUAUUUUAUAUUCUUUAUAAUAUUAAGAAAUAUUUUGCCAUAAUAGAUUUAAUUAUGGUUUUAUACUUUUUCGCAUAUUAUAAUCACAAAUGUCAAUAGGUAUUAGUAUUAAUGAUUGACUUAAUUACAUGAUAUUUUUAAUAUUUUCCAUGAAUUAUUAAUGCCAUGUUAACCGUGAGAUACUAAAAAUAUUUGAUAAGUUUGCAUUUGAACUUUUUUUUGAUUAAUUAACUUAAAAAAAAACAUGUUUAAAAUUGCAAAAGGGUUUAUCUGAAAAAUCUUUAAAAUCCAAAGUUUGCACAUUCAUGACUUUAAUAUGUGUAUGACGUGAGACAUGAUUAUAUAUUUUGAUUUAAAAAGAAUAUUUUGAUGCAAAUCAACGGUUUUGGCAUAGCAUGGACAAUAUAUCAUAAAUAUAUAAUUUUUUAUAUGUAAAUCCCGAGUAUUUUUAUGACACAUGGAUAUUUUUAUUAAGAACACAUUUAUUGUGUAUACCUGUAGCUAUAGAGUUGAAAUGUAUACAUCUUAUAGUAUUAAAUAGAAACGUUAUAAUUAAUAUCUGCAAUAUAUUUGAACAGCGUAACUGCAGUGCAAUAAUUGGCACAUGAUCUUUGUCUCAAAAAUAACAAAUAUAAUUCUGUAUGUAUACAUCCAUAUGCAGUUUAUGCGUUCUAUAAAAGUAUCGUUCUAGUAAGAACCAGUCCUAGUUUAAUUACUCUAGUUUAAUUAAAUUUUUCUGGCUAAAAUAAAUAUCUGUUGCAUAUUU